AUGGCCGCUGCCUGCAUCUUCUGCAAGAUCAUCAAGGGUACAGACCUCUCACACCAAAAGCUCCCAGAGCAACACACCACAAGAACUAACACCACCAAAGGCGACAUCCCCUCGAUGAAACUCUUCGAAAGCGAAAAAGUCUUUGCCUUCCUCGACAUUAACCCUCUGAGCUACGGCCACGCUGUCCGUUUCCCCUCUUCUCCUCCCACCCCUUUAAAACCAUCCCCCACUAACACCACCCACAGNCUCGUCAUCCCCAAACACCACGGCGCAAAACUCCACGACAUCCCCGACGACCAACUCACGGAAAUCCUGCCCGUGGCAAAGAAGAUCGCUCAAGCCGUCAACGCAAGCGACUACAAUAUCCUUCAAAACAAUGGCAGGAUUGCCCAUCAGGUGGUGGACCAUGUGCAUUUCCACAUGAUUCCCAAGCCGAAUGAGAAGGAAGGGUUGGGGAUCAGCUGGCCCCAGCAGCAGGGUAAUCAGGAUAAGCUCAAGAAGCUUAGAGAGGAGAUUUUGGCAAAGAUGUAG